GGGCGGGGCCGUGUGGAGGAGGAAGCAGGCCAGGCCGGGCGGCGGCUCUCCAGGGCGAAACCAUGGACAGCCAGGGCAGGAAGGUGGUGGUGUGCGACAACGGCACUGGGUUUGUGAAGUGUGGAUAUGCAGGUUCUAACUUUCCGGAACACAUCUUCCCAGCUUUGGUUGGAAGACCUAUUAUCAGAUCAACCACCAAAGUGGGAAACAUUGAAAUCAAGGAUCUUAUGGUCGGUGAUGAAGCGAGUGAGUUGCGCUCCAUGUUGGAAGUUAACUACCCUAUGGAGAAUGGCAUUGUACGAAAUUGGGACGACAUGAAACACCUGUGGGACUACACAUUUGGACCAGAGAAACUCAAUAUAGACACCAGAAACUGCAAAAUUUUACUCACAGAACCUCCCAUGAACCCAACCAAAAACAGAGAGAAGAUUGUAGAGGUAAUGUUUGAAACUUACCAGUUUUCUGGUGUGUAUGUAGCCAUCCAGGCAGUUUUGACUUUGUAUGCUCAAGGGUUGCUGACUGGUGUUGUAGUGGACUCUGGAGACGGGGUGACUCACAUUUGCCCGGUGUAUGAAGGCUUUUCUCUCCCUCACCUUACAAGGAGGCUGGAUAUUGCUGGGAGGGAUAUUACCAGGUACCUUAUCAAGCUGCUGCUAUUGCGAGGAUAUGCCUUCAAUCAUUCUGCUGAUUUUGAGACAGUUCGCAUGAUUAAAGAAAAACUUUGUUAUGUGGGUUACAAUAUUGAGCAAGAGCAGAAGCUGGCCUUAGAGACCACAGUGUUAGUGGAGUCCUAUACACUUCCAGACGGCCGCAUUAUUAAAGUUGGAGGAGAACGAUUUGAAGCACCAGAAGCUUUAUUUCAGCCUCACUUGAUCAAUGUUGAGGGGGUUGGUGUUGCUGAAUUGCUUUUUAACACAAUCCAGGCAGCUGACAUCGAUACCAGAUCUGAAUUUUACAAGCACAUUGUGCUUUCUGGAGGCUCUACCAUGUAUCCUGGCCUGCCAUCAAGGUUGGAACGAGAGCUUAAACAGCUUUACUUAGAACGAGUUCUAAAAGGAGAUGUGGAAAAACUUUCUAAAUUUAAGAUCCGAAUUGAAGACCCACCCCGCAGAAAGCACAUGGUGUUCUUGGGUGGUGCAGUCCUAGCAGACAUCAUGAAAGACAAAGACAACUUUUGGAUGACCAGACAAGAGUACCAAGAAAAGGGUGUCCGUGUGCUGGAGAAACUUGGUGUGACUGUUCGAUAAAAUGCCAGGCUUGUUUCCAUCACGCCUGUAAAUGCUUUUUUCUUUUUCUGUUUUUCAAAAAAAAAAAAAAAAAAAUUUCUUUAUUGCCAAUCUUUGAACUCAUUCACCUCCAGGACUGAAAGAGGCCUCUCUGUCCCCUUUGACAGGAAAGGUCAAGUUUUGUUUUCUGUCUUGGGGAAGCAUUGUUAAAUUCUUGUUAAUGUGGGUAAGUCUGGUUGUUUAAUGCAACCAGUUCUCUACAAACAUAACCAGAGGGCAAAGGGUCCCUGCUGCUUUGUUUCUUUCUAUGUAGGCAUUUAGAUCAUUCUUAUAUUCUCCCUAUUUUUGCUUUAUUUCUCUAAUGCUGCUAGUUUUAGUUUUAGCACUGUAGGUGGUAUGUCUUUAUUAGCAUAAGAAAAACUUUCACAGGAGGUUUUACAUAUUCUGGGUGGGGGUGGUAAGGGAUGGGUGGGCAGCCCUGAGCCCUUGAGGGCCUUUCUUCUGUAGUGUUAGCUUUCAGCAGUUAACUGCUGCCACUUUUCAAGUGCCCUAAACAUCUCCUAGUAACAUCUUAGGGAAAUUUUGAGCUCAGAACUAAGGUGUUUGGGGUUGGUUUUUGUAUGAUGGAACAAAUUGGUAGUCUUUCUCUUGUGACUUUUGAGGUUUUCUGCUUCUGGGUACACAAGAUGAACCUCAUUUACAAUACUUUGACUUGGUAGGUUUUCUUCUUUUGGUCUGUGUGGGACUGUUUCCAUACUAUAGAAAAAAGCAAGCUUAGUGUUUCAUUACCAUGAGGUUUAGGGAUCAUUUAUUCUUUACGUCAACCUAUCAGCUGGGAGUAUAAUUCCUAGACUCUAUCAAUAGUGAAAAAGGAACAUUUUAAACAAAAUGCUUUUGUCGAGUCAAAUUACGGUUAGAAAACUGCUUACGGGCUGGUGUUCUCCCAAUGCUGUUGUUUAAUUUGGAAGCAGUGAGGUAAUGAUGCAAGUACCAUUCUCGAAAGUUGUACUUUUAGGGUCCUGGUGCUUCUUGACUAAAACAACUAUACACAGAAAUAAUUACUGGCAGUAGGUUAUAGUUGUUAUAUUAAUGUUAACAUUAGGACUUGUUGCCAGUCUUUUUUGUUUUUUUUUCCAUGAGAUCUGGCACUAAAAUUUUAAGAGCAACAACCAAUAGAAAAGUUUACCAGGAGUCAACUUUGUGUCUGUACUAAAAGCCAGUCCUGGCUGCUACUUCCCAGCCAUCUUUUGUUCUUGGAGGAAGACUGAUUUAUGGUUUUGGAUAUGUUUGCAGACCUGUCAGGAAAUCCUAUUUAUGAGUCCUCUUGGUAUUGUUUGUUAUCUCAGAAAAUACCAGGUAGUACCCAGGUGUGAGUUCUUUCUAAUAUUGAAAAAUGAAAUAAUGAAAAGUCGUAUCACAGAGUAUUCAAAAUGAUGAUCCUGGGAGAAAUAUUUUCCUUCAUUUCAAAAUAGUCUUUACUAAUGAUGAAUUUGAAAGAAUAGCUUUUUCCUUUUUUUUUUUCCUUUUUGUAUGCUUAAUAUCAGAAAUUUUUUUUAGUUAACUUUAAAAUUAGUUUAUGUGAAAUCAGCAGCAAAAAGAAGUUAGUGUUAAUUAUGCAGCUUCUGUGAUAUUAAGUAUUUUUUGCCUGUUUUACCUCAAUUUGAAAAAAUAGGAGAAGUCUGUUUGCAUGCUGGCCAUGCUCAGUACACACAACAGCCCGCCAUUGCCGGCUGGUCGGUGUUGGGUGCGUGACUCAAGUCACUUUGGAAUUCCUAAGCGUUCCUAAAUCAUGUUGUCAAAUAGCCCACUCUUGGGAGUCCUGAGCCCAUUGCAGGACACCUACUGUAUAUAGGACUGGUACCAAUGACUAUUAAGUGCAGAAAAUGAUCGACUCUUGGCUUUGACCAUGGUUUUAAAUAUAGGGGUAAAAAACAAGGAAGAAUAGGAUGGACUCUUAAAUAAAACAGUGAAAGAACUUUUUAUCAUUCGUACCUUGAAUGUAGACUUUGUUUUAUUUCAUAAUUCUGCUAGCAAACGUGACUGUUAAAAUGUAUUUAUAUAUGUAAUAAUUUAGAAAUUCCAUUUUAUAGUUUUCCUAUUCUGAGGUGAAAUAAUGAAUUUCAUAAUUUGGGAGCUGGGACAUACUGUAUUCUAUUGGAGGUGUUAGGUUUGAGUCCUUCAAAAAUGAAAAAAAGAAUCUGUUUUUUAAAAGAUCUGAUUUUUAACUCUUAAAACCCGUUGUCGCUUAGAUUUCCAAUGCUUAUUAAAAUUCUUUUAUUUUUAAAUUAAUAUCACCAAUGCCUUGGGGGACUUACUGGAAAAUGUGGUAUUGGGUAUUAACUUUCACAGUUCUGAGCACUGUUAGUGUCUAUCUGGCAAGUAUUGGAGAGAUCAGUGGAAAGCUAAAUAUUCUAAAUUUAACACAGAUAUACUUCUUUUUGAUUAAGAAAAUAAAAUCAGAUUUUUCAAAGUAA